AUGCUCUUCUAUGCUCAACACAAGGCCAUUUUCUCUGACGUCGGUAUGGCGGAGUUGGGAGUUCAACAUCACCAGUUUCUCCCUUGUGACCGCAAAACCUACAGCAUCAGUCUUGGUGUCGGAAAUGAUCGUGGUCCGGGUGAUUGGCUUUCCUGGGCUUCGUAUGCGGAUGGUUUUCCAUGUCAAUCAGCAGGGGCAGGCCAUCCCAGCCUGGUGCCCUCAGGUCUGGAAAGAGCGGUUCCUCAAAGUGCUCGGCAAGCUGAACUUGAUGAGGAAAUUCGAGGGCUUCGCUGCAAACUGCUUUGUCAUCCUUUGGCCCCAGAGCCUUGCACUGCUUAUGGAGUCGAAGACGGAGUAACAUUGGACUUUGUUGCCCCUGCCUUCCAAGCAGCUGGAGAAGCGCUAAGGAUAUUGGGCGUUUUGUCCACCGUGGGUUUUAUCAUUGUGCAGAUUGUGGAGAUUGCUACCCAACAGCACUGUCACACGCCCUUCUGUGUCGGACAGUUGGUUUCUGGCAUUCUCAUCAUUCCCAGCCUGUAUGACUUCUUCAAGUUCAUUGGUACCUACGAUGAAUCUCUUCAGGAGCACAAGCAGCGAGCAGAAGAUGAAGUUCAUGGUCUGAUAGAGAGCAUCAACCAACAGGUGGCAGAAAUGCAGGAUGUUGCAGCCAAGCUGACAGAAAGUGCCACAGACUUUGCGUUUCGCUCCUUCGACACGAGCCGCGAAGGCUUCGAAAAGUUCAUUUUAGAUCUGAAACUUUAUUACAGUGAGCUCUAUGUGCAGGAACACAUGUUGGAGGAAUUGCGUCAAUUCAUGCUGAAGUGGCUGAUAGUUUUCUCGCAGUCCUUGCUAGACCCAGACACCAAUCCCCUUCUCAAGGGCAUCGAGGAAGAGUUCAGAAGAUGCACGACGUUGGAUGAUUUGUGCGACAAGGUUACGGGGCGACUCAGCCGAUUGAAAGUUUCUACUCGGCUCAAUUUGAUGGCCCCUGCCGAUUCCUAUGUGCUCAACAAUCACAAUCCAGCCAUCGAGGAUGUUGAACGAGCUUCGCAGACGUCGCAGACUUCGCAGUCUGGAACUGUGCCCACUUCGAAGUGCGGAGUUUCAUGGUUUAGAUGCGGCUGCAGCGGAAGAUUUGGGAGACAGGUAUCUCGAACCCGGGAUGGUAACUAUUCAAGGGAGUGGCCGUUGACCAUUGCGUUUUGCUGUGGAUCCAUUACCAUCCUUUCAAGGAGGCAUUUGAGCCAUUUGCUUUACUUUGUGAUCGAUGUGAUUUUAAUCAUCUACGAGAUUCUCACCCACAGCCAGGUCUAUGCGAUGGCCUGUGUUGCAGCAAAUGCAGUUUGCGUUAUCAGCACGUUGGCUUGCUUUGAACAAAUUGAUGAAAUCGCACAGUUGCAGAGGAGGAUUCACAAGUAUCAGCAGAGGAAAGAUCAAGUCCAGGAAAGACAUCGAGAAGCCAAGGAGAACUGGGCCAAGGUGCAGCAGCUGCAUGACUUGUGGAACUACAGGACUCAACCUUUCUUGACCAUCAUGGGGAAGAUCCACCGCGCUCUUGAUGAUAAGGAUAGAGAGUAUGCCAGGGCCUUGGAACUAGCUCGACGACGAGGAGAAAUCAUUGACGACACAGACGAAGAACGCCUGGAGUGGAUCCGCAGGGCGAAUCAAUCCUUGGAGUGUUUGGAUCAGAAGCUGGGAAGUAUCCAAAAUUGGACGAAAGAAGGCAACGCUCCUUUGUCCAAGGAGUGGAAGGAAACAAUUGGGAGGCAGCUCCGCGAAGCGGAGCGCCAAACCGAAAUCAACGAACUCGUUCAGGUUCUGCCAAUCCUCACCAAAGACCUUCGACAGAUACAAGAUGGCAUCGGGCGGGGGCCUCUGAAAGAUUCAGAGAUUUGCCAAAAAUCUAGUCGGGCUCAAGACAGAUUUGAAACAUAUUGA